AAUGAAAAGAUCCGAGAGAUCCGUAAACAUGUCUUUUGUUCUAUUUUUGGAUCUAGGGAAACGUGAAAAGUGAAAGCAGUUUGAGACCAAAUACACUGUCAGGCUUCUAAAUGGCAGACAAAUUAUUCAACUGUAGAUUUGCCAGAGAAUUUGCAAAUGUAAACCUUAUCUGCUUUCCAUGGGCUGGAGGUGGCUCCAAUUUUUAUGCACUCUGGGGAAAAGAUUUGCCAGAUUUUAUUGAAGUUCAUGCCAUUACAUUGCCAGGAAGAGAGAGUAGAUUUAAGGAGCCAUGUUUGAAAGAACUUAAUCCCUUAGUAGAUGAUCUUGUGGAGAAGAUAUAUAAUAAAUUUUCUAAGAAAAAGUUUGCAUUUUUUGGACACAGUUUGGGAUCAUUACUGAGCUUUGAGGUGGCUAGAAAACUGAAGAAUAAAUACAACAUAGAACCAUUGAAAAUGUUUAUAUCUGGUGCAUCACCAUCACAUUCAUUCUAUAGGAAACAAGAUCCAAAGUUUGGCAAAAUGACAGAUGCUGAAUUUAAAAUAUUUUUGGAAAAACUAGGAGGAACACCAAAAGAAAUAUUAGACAAUGAUGAAAUAAUGGAAUUAUAUUUACCUGCACUGAAAGCAGAUUAUGGCUUGUUAGACCAGUUUGAUUUCCAACCUGAGCCUGGUAAAGCUGUAGUGUCCUGUCCUAUACAAAUGUAUGACGGAGAUCACGAUAAAAAACAUGAUGAUGAUGCCUGGAAAGAGUUAACCAGUGGAACCUUUAGUUUACAGUUUUUACCUGGCGGACAUUUCUUUCUAAAAGAAAAGAGUAACAUUGAUUAUUUACUGGAUUCUAUAUCUAAAAAUCUUGCCUAGAUAAAUUUCUAUGUUUAACAUGACUUUAGCUUUGUAAGUGAUAGAAAAAAUCUGUUUAUAUUCAGGCUAUUAUAUUACUCCAAAUAUCUAUAGUAGGUUAGAUAAGAUUUCCGUCAGUUCACCUCAUUAUUAUAAUAAGCAGGUUUUGAUGAAAUUGAAUUAAACCAGCUAGUAAUGGCUUGUAUGUUAUUACUUGAGUAUGAAACUGUCUCCAUCCAAUUUUUUUUAAAGAAAUUUUUUAUUUCCCUUUGACAAAACUUUCUCCUGAUCUUGAGUAGAAUCUCCUGAAUGGGAAGAAAUUAAUCAAUGAAAAUUUGUUCCUUUUUUGGCAAUUCACAAUUUGCUUAUUCUGUAAAAAUUGUAAUUUUUUGACAAUUUAACUUUACACUUUUCAGAGUUUCUUAUUGUUGUCAAUCUGACUGCAUUGUUUGUUUAAAAAAACCUUUUCUAUUAUAUGAUUUAGAAUUUCCAUAUAUUUUUUUAAAUCAUCAAAUACAGAAUUGAUUAUUGCUUUUACUUCAACUACCUUGUGAAAUUGGACUUCAAAUUUAUAUAAAAGGCAAUUGUCAACAAAAUCCUGUAAACUUUUUCUACUUUUGCUUCGAGAAUAUUGAUUUAAAAAAAGUUUCUAUUGUUUCCAGUAUGAAAAAUAAAAAAAGAACCCUUUUUGGACAUCUUACAUCAUUGACACUCAUUACACUGUCAAAGUCAUCCUUUUAUUAGCAGCAAACACAAGUAGAUGGAAAAUGUAUUAACAUACAUUUUUGCUUCACCUACAUUGAUAUAAGUUCAAUUUGACUGACAAGUGUAAUCAUGGAAAUUUUGUUUAACUGUGACAAAGAAAUGGAUGUAAAAUCCUAUAGGACUUUUUUACAGAUAUAAUAAAGUGUAAUUUUUAAAAUAAAGUUUUUUGUUGUUGCCUGCCAAGAAAUUAAACCAUACCAUUUUUAGCCAUAAUUAUCACACUUUCAUACUAACUAGCUAUGCAAUGAAAACAAAAUAUUUAUAAUAGACUAUAUUUUUUAUAAUAUUUGUAAACAGACAUUUAUAUGCAUUUGUUUAUUAUUAUUCCACAUAUAAUUUAAGGUUGUUAAAUAAUAUU